GCGGAGGAGGAGUCGGCAGGGACCAUCACCCCGCCGGAGGAACACUCACCCCCGCCUGGCAAGGUCCGCGCCAAAGAGAGCCCCGCUGAAAAGGCGGCGCGGCGUGCGCGGGUGUCCGACUUCGGAGAAGCAGCGGCCAGCGAGUCCGCAGGAAACGACAAGCCGGUGGAGGAAGCCUCACCUCAGGAGGCGAAACCGAGGUCUAUCGCAGAGCCACUUGUGCCACCAGUUCAGGUGCAGACUCAGGCCGCGAGCAAAACACCUGCAGAAGGAGCUCUGCCG